AUGGAAAAUAAACCAGAAGUAAUCCACGAUCACGAUGAGAAAAAAUCGAAAAACAAUCCGAUGAAGGGAGGAAAAUUAUCCAUCAAAGACUUCGAAAUUGGAAGACCUCUCGGAAAGGGAAAAUUUGGAAGUGUGUAUCUUGCACGGACGAAAGAGGGUCAUUUUCAUUGUGCCAUUAAAGUUCUCUUCAAAUCACAACUAAUAUCGGGAGGUGUCGAACAUCAACUGGAGCGAGAAAUUGAAAUUCAAUCACAUUUACAUCAUCCUAAUAUUGUCCGGCUUUACACCUAUUUUUGGGAUGCCAAGAAGAUUUAUCUGGUACUCGAAUACGCGCCUGGUGGCGAAAUGUACAAAUCACUGACAAAUCAAAAACGGUUUACCGAGGUGAUGGCUGGAAAGUACAUGUAUGAAAUUGCUGACGCUCUACAAUAUUGCCAUCAUAAGAAAGUGAUCCACCGAGAUAUUAAACCAGAAAAUUUACUGAUUGGACCACAAGGAGAGCUGAAAAUCGGAGAUUUCGGAUGGAGUGUUCACGCCCCUUCGAAUAAACGUCAAACAAUGUGUGGAACAAUGGACUAUUUGCCACCCGAAAUGAUUGUUGGAAAUCAUCACUCUGAUGCAGUUGAUUUGUGGGCCAUCGGUGUUCUCUGCUAUGAAUUCCUCGUCGGAAAACCACCAUUCGAGCAUGAUAAACAAGCCGACACCUAUUCUGCCAUCAAAGUGGCGAGAUUCAGUUAUCCGGACUAUGUGAAGAAAGGUGCACGGGAUUUGAUUGGAAAAUUACUUGUUGUUGAUCCAACAAAGCGAUGCACACUCCAAGAGGUAAAAGAUCACUACUGGGUCACACAAAUGGUAGAAACGGCGAGAAAGGUGGCCGAACAAGCAAAGGCGGAAAAAGCGGCUAGUCUUCGAGAUCACUAA